GGAGGGCGUAAAAACAAAAUUGUUUACAUUUCUGAACGAUACACUUUGACGGAUUAUGACAUAACUAUGGGUGGAAAAGAUUCCAAAUUCGCAUACUUAACAUAUGAAGAUGCAGUCAAACGAGUUAGUGACACAGAAUUGAAGCGGUUAAAGGAUGCCUUCAAGAGGUCUGCUACAUUAAAUGGCUUCCUAUCCAAGCAAGUGUUCAUGCGGGAGGUCCUUGGUGACACGGUUCCAGCCAAGCUAGCAGAGCAAAUGUUCCGUGUAUGUGGCGGAACCUCCAAGGGCCUAGCAUUCAAGGAGUUAAUAAAUGGACUUGUAGUUAUCACCAGAGGAAGGCGGGAUGAAAAAGUCAAAUUUAUCUAUGCACUCUAUGCUAACAGUGAGAGCCUAUCACAUGUACAGAAGGUUGAGAUGGAUAACUUGGUACUAGAGACCGAGGGUCAGGUCCCCCAUGCCUUGUCCCAGCUCUUCCUAGAGAAUGACAAGGUAUCAUUUGAUAAGUUCCGGCCUUGGAUCCUAAACAACACAGAUGCCACAUCAGUGUCCAAGUGGCUGCUGAGGGAUAGAUGUACAAUCACACUGUCCAAUGAUAAUGAAACACCUACCUUUUAUCAGACCUUAGCCGGAGUUACCCAUUUGGAGGAGAGUGACAUCACAGAAUUGGAGAAACGCUAUUGGGUGUUGAAGGGCCAAUCAGGAACAGGGCAGUUUGACAUGCAAACAUUUCAGCCAAUCAUUGGACCACCAGUUCCCGAGUCAUUAGUUAAAGGUGUAUUCAAUGCUUUUGAUGAGAACAGAGAUAAUCAUAUUGACUUCAAGGAGAUGGCAUGUGGCAUAUCAGCCUGCUGUAGAGGGCCACAGGCUGAGAGGCAAAAAUUUUGUUUUAAGGUGUUUGACAUGGACCAUGAUGGCCUACUGAACAAGAGUGAACUCGUCAACAUGAUCAAGGCACUUGUGAAAAUACGAAAAGAGAACCUCAAUGCUAAUCAACUUGCAAGGGACAAGCUACAUAAAUUAGAUCCCGACAAAGUUGUUGAAGAAAUUCUGGAGAAAUAUGACAGUGAUGAGGAUGGUUGUAUAACUCAAGAGGAAUAUCUUGUUUGGACAGUGGACCACCCACUUCCCUCAGAGUUCUUGACCUUGCUCUUUCAAGUGUGCCAUAUUUGUCUUGGUUUAAAGCCUGAAAAUAAGGAGCAAGAAGGGAGCAUUGUCCGAGGCUGGUUAGAGAGAGAGUUAAGGAGAGGUCUCCAAGUAGGAAGCACAUGGUUCCUUGUUUCUAAUACAUGGUACAAGACAUGGCUUGACUAUGUUCUAUUCAAGCCAAGUGCAAUCUACCCUGUGCAUAAUGGUAUAGGCAGUCCUCCCCCAACACCUAGGUCUUCUACCCUACCUAGACAUUCCUCACCCACCCAGAAGUCAUCUACUUUGCCCCGGGGAACGUCACCAAAGUUCAAGACAACAGGAGCAUUGAGAGGUUCUAAGGAUGAUAGUGUGCCAUCUGGGAAGGGUGAUGGAGGUAUAGUAAUGACACGAAAUACAAGAAUUGGUAGUGCAGGUGACGCACCCAUAGAGGGCUCUACUAUAAUAAAUGGAAGUCCACGACGUAGUGCAACACCUGAUAUCACCCCUCAGAGACCUGCAGCCAUAGAUAAUACCCAACUCGUUGUGCCUAAUACAUCAAAGAUUAUGAUUUUGACCAAUGAAGGUGGACGAUUAAAACCUACACUGGUGCAAGACAAAGAUUUUCAGAUUAUGCCCCAGGCUGUAUGGGAUGCCCUGUCUUCAUGGUAUGGUGGCGCCCCCUCUAUGCCUAGAACUGUGAUACAAGAUAUGAAUAAGAAGACAGAGCCAAAGCUGGAGCUGUACCCGAUACAGGUCAAGUUUCUACGUCAUCAGACCCAACAGCAGAGGGCGCCAAAUGCAACAACAUCUUUUACAGGCAUGAUGGCUGGAAUAGGGGGAAUUGCAAUAGGGGCAGGAAGUAGUUUUCCGACCCAGACUGUGACCACACCACGCCGCUAUAUAGCAUACACUGCCUCAUUCAGUUGCCAACACUCUCUCAAACAGAUCUUUGAUUUCAUGUGUACCAGGAUACGUGUUAAUAGGGAUGAUUUACGACUUUGGAAAUUCAAAGAUGAACAAAACAUGCAUCUGCUCGAAGAUGAAGAAGCAACAGUCGAAGAGUUGGGUUUGGAGGAUUACUGUCAGGUACUGGCUGAAGUGCGCAAUAAAGACCUCACUUGGCCAGAGGAAAUGAACCAACUUGCCAAAAAUAAGGCUGAUCAGAAACAAGAAGCUCCACCAGAGAAAGGUGCCACGGGUCUAAACAAUUUAGGCAACACUUGCUUUAUGAACAGUGCAGUACAAUGUGUCAGCAAUACUAAGGCCUUAACUACAUAUUUUACAGCGGGGAUGCAUAGAUUUGAAUUGAAUAGAGAUAACCCAUUAGGCAUGAAAGGUCAUGUUGCCCAGCGCUAUGGAGAUCUCAUAAAAGAUAUCUGGAGUGGAACAGUUAAAACUAUAGCACCCUUAAAACUCAGGUGGACGAUUGCAAAAUAUGCACCACGCUUCAAUGGAUUCCAGCAGCAUGACUCUCAAGAACUCUUAGGGUUCCUCCUAGAUGGCUUACAUGAAGAUUUGAAUAGGGUACAUGAAAAACCAUAUGUGGAGCUGAGAGACAGUGAGGGGAGACCUGAUGAACUGGUUGCCAGAGAGGCUUGGGAUAACCAUGUACUGCGCAACCAGUCCAUUGUCGUAGAUCUGUUCCAUGGCCAGUUGAAGUCUGAGGUGAAGUGCAGAGAGUGUAGCCAUGUCAGUGUACGCUUUGAUCCGUUCACAUACCUUUCCCUACCUCUACCAAUGGAAAGCUGCUUGCACCUGGAAAUAGUCAUUACCCGAUUGGAUGGCAGUACCCCUGUAAAAUAUGGGUUACGUUUGAAUAUGGAUGAGAAGUACAAAGAAUUGAAGAAACAACUGAGUGUCUUGUCAGAGAUACCAAGUAAUCAGUUACUUCUGUGUGAAGUUUCUGCUGCUAUGGUGAAGAGUUUCCCUCAGGACACCCAGAAGAUCAAGGGACUACUAGGGGGGUCCCUCUGUGCCUAUGAGCUCCCCCCUCCCUCAGCUAUUCCCACCCUUUCAGCGGAAGAAGAGAAGGGACUCCAACUUGGGGAUAUACAACGCAUGACAAACAAAGGCAUUCCAAACACAAGCUGUACAAGUUGUACAGCAGAUCACAAGUCCCAGGGUAGCACACAUAAUCCAGCACACAUACACAGCAGCCCUGCCUCCAACUCCAACUGCUCAAAUAGCACACAUAAUGGUGUACAAUCUAAAGGACUACAUCCCAAUGGAACUGCAGGUCACAGUAGGAAUGCUAGUACAGCCAGCACAUCUUGUAAUAGCACAUCAUGUGGUGGCACAUCAUGCAACGGCACACCAUGCAAUGGCAAUAAUAAUGAAACUACUCUAGGUGGAGAUUUCAUUAUAGCUGUCAACAGAAAAAUAAUAAGGAUGGAUACAUAUUUUCUCUCAUCACAAAAGACACGUCCAAGUCUAUUUGGCCAGCCAUUGAUUCUACCAUGUGAUGAUUCUAUGACGCAACAGAAGUUAUACAGCCAUGUUUGGAUGCAAGUAUCGAGACUUGUUAGUCCACUUCCUCCCAGUGAGACGCUAGCACACAAUCAUGCACAAGACUGUGAUGACAGUCUUGGGUAUGAGUACCCAUUUACAUUAAAAGUUGUCCAAAAAGAUGGCGUGUCAUGUGCAUGGUGCCCCUGGUACCAGUUCUGCCGUGGAUGUAAAAUCGAGUGUUCCCCUGAGAAGUUUAGCCACAGCAGUUUAUAUGUCGCCAUAGACUGGGAACCUACUGCUCUACAUUUACGCUACCAAUCUGCUGCAGAGAGGAUAUACACAGAUCAUGAAAGUGUCGCAAAAAGUCGCCACUUACAGUCCCAACCAAUCAACUUAGACACGUGUUUGCAGUCAUUCACCCGUGAGGAGGUGUUAGGAGAAGAUGAAAUGUGGUAUUGUUCAAAGUGUAAAGCUCAUAGAGUUGCACUGAAGAAAAUGCAGAUUUGGAAGCUACCCCCAAUUUUGAUUAUACAUUUGAAGAGGUUCCAGUUCCUUAACACUAAGUGGGUUAAAUCUCAGAAAAUUGUCAAGUUCCCAAUCAACGAUUUUGAUCCGACCAAUUACAUCGCCUCAAGGCAGUUACACAGAAACGUGCCACAUAAUACAAGUGCAGUAUCAGAGAGUACAACAAGCGCAGCUGCUGACUCCAAGUCCCACCUUCCACAGACUAAAGACUCCUUAGACACAUCACAAUCGAAGGCAAACACACCACAAACAGACCCCUCAGAGGCACCAUCAAAAUCAGACCCCACCAUGUUGAAUUCUAAGUCCAAUAAAACACAAGCUACAAACCAUGACAGGAUAGCAGACUCAACAUCUGCUCCUAAACUGAGGGAUUCUGGGAAACUACGGAGACAACGCCAUGAGUCAGUCGACAGUGGAGAUUAUGCAAAUGUUCGAUACAACCUUUAUGCACUUUCUUGUCACCAUGGUAUCUUAGGUGGAGGUCAUUAUAUUGCUUAUGGCAAGAAUCCCAAGAACAAGUGGUUCAUGUACAAUGAUAGCAGUUGUAAGGAAGUGAAACCAGAAGACAUUGACACAGACUCUGCUUAUAUGCUGUUUUACGAGAGGGCGGGGCUGGACAUUACACGAUUUAUGCCAAAUGUUGACGGCAAGGAACCUGAUUUGACAGAAAUAGAUGAUGAGUUUGAAUCGGAGUUCAAGAAAAUGUGUGUCAUUCAGUGAAAUAUGUGUCAUAGAUAUGUGUCGUACUGCUCUGUGUGUCAUAAAGAGAUCUGGAUUAUAAUUGGAUCAGUGGACAUCUCAAUAGGGGAUCAGGGGGAAGCAGAUCACUAGAUCACAAGAAAGAUCAAAGGAUGACAAUAUGGAUAGAUGGAUCACUUAUGAAUAAAUAUGUGUACACCAUAAGUGUUAAAAGAAUAAUAAUGUGCUUUAUAGAUGUGCAUAUCCAGUGGUUUGUUGAUGUGCAUCAGACAAAGGGGUAGGGCUUGAUAAUAUAGCCUGGCCCUAAUACGGCCUUGACCCCUAUCAAGCCCUCAUAGUCACUACGUGUGUUGUUAUUUGAAAAUGCAUACGAAAGAGAUUUGAGGAUACAUACAGGAGAAAGAUAUAAAAAUCUAUAUUAUAGGGUAAAGAUUGAAAGAUACAUACAGGGGAAAGAUAUAAAAAUUUAUACAGGAUAGAUUGAAGGUACAUACAGGAGAAAGUUAUAAAGUUACAAAAAUCCAUACAGAAUAAAGAUUGAAAGAUACAUACAGGAGAAAGGAGUGAGAAAUGCUUUCUAGAUAUGUGAUAUAUUUAAUGGGAUAUUCAACCCACAGGAUAAUGAUUUCAUCAAGGUAUUUUCAUCACAUGGGAAUUAUGCAUUUAUAAUAUAAGCUUUGAAUGGUAAUACUUCAAUGAGUAACUUGUUGGAGUGAAUAUAUUAUUGAACAAAUUCAUUAUAAUUGCUUUGUAAUACAAUAAAAUCUGAAAAGUAUUCUGCUUGGGGGGUGAUUCAUUUCUCAUUAAGUCAGUUGGUCUUGGGACUUUGUAAGGUGUUCCAC